GAGUCUAUUCUCGCGGCAUUGCAGAUCCAUAUAUGACGUACUGCGCUAAAUUUGGUCAAAUGAAGCUAAGUUAACAGCGUAGAUUUAUGUGUUUUCCUCUUGAUGGUGUACUGUACCUAUUUAUGAGAACACAGUUCAUUAUAGUACAGACGUUGCAAUCCUGUAAGAAAACUUCUGUAAUUUACGAAUGCGUAAAUCACGAAAAAGGCAUGAUUGCUUUAUAGCCGGGAUUUAACAACUACAGGUUGUUAUAAGAUGGUUUUAAAACUGCGUGACCCUGACGAUAUCUUAUAUGCUCUGGGUGAUCCUGGGAAAUUUCAAGUUAUCCAGAUAAUACUUUUAGCCUGGCAGUUUUUACCAACUGGCGUCAACGAUCUGAUGCCAAUAUUUUAUAACUUCCAGCCGAUUGGGAUUCGGUUAACAAAUGAUUCGGCUUACAACACAUCAGAAGUGCUCAAUAUCACUGCAGCGUGCCAGCUCAACCGCAAUGAAUUCGACUAUGUAUAUCCAGCGAACCAGUGGUCAAUUAUUGGAGAUAUGGAUCUCGUUUGUGACAGAAAGUGGUUGGCUGAUUUUGCAUCAACAAUUUAUUUCCUUGGUCAAGUGCUCGGAAGUCCGGUUGUGGGAUUUUGUUCCGAUCGGUACGGCAGACGACCAACACUGAUUUGGUUUAAUGCCGUGUUUACCGUCCUUAACAUUGGGCUAAUAUUUUCUCGAGAUAUUGUAUCGUUUAUCGUAAUUGGGUUUUUUGUGGGAGUCGCUAGACAGGCUUUUGGGACCGCCUUUGUUGUAAUUGCCAUAGAGUGGAUUCAGCCAAAGCGUCGCGCACUAUGGUGGUCAAUUGCUCAGUUCCCGUUAUCUCUUGCGGUUCCAGUUUUAGCGUUGGCUGCAUAUCUCCUGCCCAACUGGCAUUACCUGCAGAUAUUUGUGGCUUUGUCCAACUUUACAGCGGUGACCUUUUAUUGGUUCGCUCCAGAAUCGCUUAAAUGGUUGAUGCUCAAUAAUCGGAUGAAGCUGCCAGCUGAACUGUUUCCUGGCUUGGAAAAGAUGGCUGGAGAUAUUCAAGCACGGCGUCAAAAUUCAAAACCUCCAUCAGCCAUCGACUGCUUCCGUACAACAUAUGUGCGAACGUUUACGCUGAUGAGUUGCUACCUAUGGUUUGCCGUCUGCUGCACCUAUUUUACUUUGUCAUUCCUCUUAACAAAAAUGACCGGUGAUAUCUAUAUAAAUUUAACAAUCAGCGGUUGUCUGGAAUUGAUUCCCAGAAUCUUCAGCGUGGCCGUGGCAAUGAAGGUGACGAAUCGAGCCUCUUUGACGGGAUAUUACACUGUUGCUGGUAUUUUAGCGAUAGCCGCGGGGUCACUCACCGGUGCCAGUCUUGGUCCCACGAAAACUGGAUUGGCCCUGGUUGGUCGUAUGGCGAUUUCUGGCUGCUUCCCGGUAAUCGGCGUGCUGUGUAACGAACUCCUGCCCACCGCCGCUCGCAACAGUGGAAUCGCUUGGUGCUCCGUCUUUAUGCGCAUCGGAGGAAUGGUGGCUCCUCAGUUGGUUUUGUUGACAUCAGCUUUAGCCUUCAAAGGCGUACCAUACUUAAUCGUGGGUAUUGUUUCCAUAAUUGCUGCCGGCAUUACCGUUAUUUUACCGGAAACUUCCGAUAUGAAACUCUUGACCACCGUAGAAGAGAUGGAGAAAUUUGGGGCACAGGAACUGUUUGCGUUUUACCGGCGAAAAAGUGUUGCCGUUUUGACCUUUCUUAAGACAGCGCGGCCAUCUGUUGUAUUACACCGGGCCUCCAUGGCGAUUCCGCGAUUAUCCAUGGCCGUGCCCAAAUCUGAGCAUUCAGUGGCUGCCCGAGAUCAUCCCAUGUCGGUUAUCCGAAAAACGUCCAGGGUGUCGGACACUCUGCAUGCCUCUACCAGUGAACAUGGAGGCAGAACUAAUCCAGCCUUUCUACUGGAAAGCCGCAGUGAUGCCAAUCUUGUUGGAGAAGAUUAAUCGGACAGUACUACAGAUACUCUGUGGUUUACAUUUCAGUUUACGUUGUGCAAGUACUGGAGAGAUUAUGUAAUAUUUCCUGCUGGUUUGCUUCCCACCAAUAUUAAUUAUUAAACAAAAACUGGUUUGCAUCUUAAAAGCAGUUUUAAGAAAACGAUAAAGGUUAGUUCAUAGUUUUGACAUUUAGAAUCAAUCACUGCCCAGCAGAAUCUGCGGAUG